AUGGGGGAGUUGCUUAGGACUGUGUCGCUAGACCCCAGUGUUGCUGCUCCUGUUGGAAAAGGGCCUCAGAACCUGGAUGAUGAAGUGGUUCUGCAGUGUACAGCCACCAUCCACAAGGAACAGCAGAAACUAUGCUUGGCAGCAGAAGGAUUUGGCAACAGACUUUGUUUCUUGGAGUCUACUUCCAAUUCCAAGAAUGUCCCCCCAGACCUCUCCAUCUGCACCUUUGUCCUGGAACAGUCCCUGUCAGUCCGGGCCCUGCAGGAGAUGCUGGCUAACACCGUGGAGAAAUCAGAAGGGCAAGUUGAUGUGGAAAAAUGGAAAUUCAUGAUGAAGACCGCUCAAGGUGGUGGUCAUCGAACACUCCUCUAUGGACAUGCCAUAUUGCUACGCCAUUCCUACAGUGGCAUGUAUCUGUGCUGCCUGUCCACCUCCCGGUCUUCAACUGAUAAGCUGGCUUUUGAUGUCGGCUUGCAAGAGGACACCACAGGUGAGGCUUGUUGGUGGACCAUUCAUCCUGCCUCUAAGCAGCGAUCAGAAGGAGAAAAAGUCCGAGUGGGAGAUGACCUCAUCCUAGUUAGCGUGUCCUCUGAAAGGUACUUGCACUUGUCUUAUGGCAAUGGCAGCUUACACGUGGAUGCUGCUUUCCAGCAGACUCUCUGGAGCGUGGCCCCAAUCAGCUCAGGAAGUGAAGCAGCCCAAGGGUAUCUGAUUGGUGGUGAUGUCCUCAGGUUACUGCAUGGACAUAUGGACGAAUGUCUCACUGUCCCUUCAGGAGAACAUGGUGAAGAGCAACGAAGAACUGUUCAUUAUGAAGGCGGUGCCGUAUCUGUUCAUGCACGUUCCCUUUGGAGACUGGAGACACUAAGAGUUGCAUGGAGUGGAAGCCACAUAAGAUGGGGCCAGCCGUUCCGACUACGCCACGUCACAACGGGGAAAUACUUGAGUCUCAUGGAAGACAAAAACCUUCUACUCAUGGAUAAAGAGAAAGCUGAUGUAAAAUCAACCGCAUUUACAUUCCGGUCUUCCAAGGAAAAAUUGGAUGUAGGCGUGAGAAAAGAAAUUGAUGGCAUGGGAACAUCUGAAAUAAAAUACGGAGACUCAGUUUGCUAUAUACAACAUGUAGAUACAGGCCUGUGGCUUACUUACCAGUCGGUGGAUGUGAAAUCUGUGAGAAUGGGAUCUAUACAACGUAAGGCUAUUAUGCACCAUGAAGGCCACAUGGAUGAUGGCAUAAACUUAUCUAGAUCUCAGCAUGAAGAAUCACGCACAGCACGAGUCAUCCGAAGCACAGUCUUCCUUUUCAAUAGAUUCAUAAGAGGCCUUGAUGCUCUGAGCAAGAAAGCAAAGGCUUCCACAGUAGAUCUGCCUAUAGAGUCCGUAAGUCUGAGUCUGAGGGAUCUGAUUGGCUAUUUCCACCCCCCUGAUGAGCAUUUAGAACAUGAAGACAAACAGAACAGACUACGUGCCCUGAAGAAUCGGCAAAAUCUCUUCCAGGAAGAGGGAAUGAUCAACCUCGUGCUGGAGUGCAUAGAUCGAUUGCAUGUCUAUAGCAGCGCAGCGCACUUUGCUGAUGUCGCUGGGCGAGAGGCAGGGGAAUCUUGGAAGUCCAUUCUGAAUUCUCUGUAUGAGUUGCUGGCGGCUCUAAUUAGAGGAAAUCGUAAAAACUGUGCUCAAUUUUCUGGCUCCCUGGACUGGUUGAUCAGCAGAUUGGAAAGACUCGAAGCUUCUUCUGGUAUUCUUGAAGUUUUACACUGUGUGUUGGUAGAAAGCCCAGAAGCUCUAAAUAUUAUUAAAGAAGGACAUAUCAAAUCCAUUAUUUCACUUUUAGACAAGCACGGAAGAAAUCACAAGGUUCUGGACGUCUUGUGCUCACUCUGUGUUUGCCAUGGGGUUGCAGUCCGUUCUAACCAGCAUCUCAUCUGUGACAAUCUCCUUCCAGGAAGAGAUCUGUUAUUGCAGACACGUCUUGUCAACCAUGUUAGCAGCAUGAGGCCCAAUAUUUUUCUGGGUGUCAGUGAGGGUUCUGCUCAGUAUAAAAAAUGGUACUAUGAAUUGAUGGUGGACCACACAGAGCCGUUUGUGACAGCUGAAGCAACUCACCUGCGCGUGGGCUGGGCUUCCACUGAAGGCUAUUCUCCCUACCCUGGAGGGGGCGAAGAGUGGGGUGGAAAUGGUGUUGGAGAUGAUCUCUUCUCCUAUGGAUUUGAUGGACUUCACCUCUGGUCAGGUUGUAUCGCUCGUACUGUAAGCUCACCAAACCAACAUCUGUUGAGAACUGAUGAUGUCAUUAGUUGCUGUUUAGAUCUAAGUGCCCCAAGCAUCUCAUUUCGAAUUAAUGGACAGCCUGUUCAAGGAAUGUUUGAGAAUUUCAACAUCGAUGGGCUCUUCUUUCCAGUUGUUAGUUUUUCUGCAGGAAUAAAGGUACGCUUUCUACUUGGGGGGCGACAUGGAGAAUUCAAAUUUCUUCCUCCCCCCGGGUAUGCUCCUUGUUAUGAAGCCGUUCUGCCGAAAGAAAAAUUGAAAGUGGAACACAGCCGAGAGUACAAGCAAGAAAGGACUUACACACGAGACCUGCUGGGCCCUACCGUUUCCCUGACACAAGCCGCCUUCACACCAAUCCCCGUGGAUACCAGCCAGAUCGUGCUGCCUCCUCAUCUAGAAAGGAUAAGAGAGAAACUGGCAGAGAAUAUCCAUGAACUGUGGGUUAUGAAUAAAAUUGAACUUGGAUGGCAGUAUGGUCCGGUUAGAGACGACAAUAAGAGACAACACCCAUGUCUGGUGGAGUUCUCCAAGCUUCCUGAACAGGAACGCAAUUACAACUUACAAAUGUCACUUGAGACCCUGAAGACUUUGUUGGCAUUAGGAUGUCAUGUGGGAAUAUCAGAUGAACAUGCUGAAGAAAAGGUGAAAAAAAUGAAGCUACCCAAGAAUUACCAACUGACAAGUGGCUACAAGCCUGCCCCUAUGGACCUGAGCUUUAUAAAACUCACCCCAUCUCAAGAAGCAAUGGUGGACAAGUUGGCAGAAAAUGCUCACAAUGUGUGGGCCCGGGAUCGAAUUCGGCAGGGCUGGACUUACGGUAUCCAACAGGAUGUAAAGAACAGAAGAAACCCUCGCCUUGUUCCCUACACUCUUCUGGAUGACCGAACCAAGAAAUCCAACAAGGACAGCCUCCGGGAGGCUGUGCGCACGCUGCUGGGUUAUGGUUACAACCUGGAAGCACCAGAUCAAGACCAUGCUGCCAGAGCCGAGGUGUGCAGUGGCACAGGGGAGCGGUUCCGAAUCUUCCGUGCUGAAAAGACCUACGCGGUGAAGGCGGGCCGCUGGUAUUUUGAAUUUGAAGCCGUCACUGCUGGAGACAUGAGAGUUGGAUGGAGCAGGCCAGGUUGUCAACCAGAUCAGGAGCUGGGCUCAGAUGAACGUGCUUUUGCUUUUGAUGGCUUCAAGGCCCAGCGGUGGCACCAGGGUAAUGAACACUAUGGGCGCUCUUGGCAAGCAGGCGACGUGGUGGGGUGUAUGGUUGACAUGAAUGAACACACCGUGAUGUUCACGCUGAACGGUGAAAUCCUUCUUGAUGAUUCAGGGUCAGAACUGGCUUUCAAGGACUUUGACGUUGGUGAUGGAUUCAUACCUGUAUGUAGCCUUGGAGUGGCUCAAGUGGGCAGAAUGAACUUUGGAAAGGAUGUCAGCACCUUGAAAUAUUUCACCAUCUGUGGCUUACAAGAGGGCUAUGAACCAUUUGCCGUUAACACAAACAGGGAUAUUACCAUGUGGCUGAGCAAGAGACUGCCUCAAUUUCUCCAAGUUCCAUCAAACCAUGAACAUAUUGAGGUGACCAGAAUAGAUGGCACCAUAGACAGUUCCCCAUGUUUGAAGGUCACCCAGAAGUCUUUUGGGUCUCAGAACAGCAGUACUGAUAUCAUGUUUUAUCGUCUGAGCAUGCCAAUUGAGUGCGCAGAAGUCUUCUCUAAGUCUGUGGCUGGAGGACUCCCUGGUGCCAGCCUCUUUGGGCCCAAGAAUGAUUUGGAGGAUUAUGACGCAGAUUCCGACUUUGAGGUUCUAAUGAAGACAGCUCAUGGCCAUCUGGUACCCGAUCGUGUUGACAAAGACAAAGAAGCUACUAAACCAGAGUUUAAUAACCACAAGGACUAUGCUCAGGAAAAGCCCUCUCGUCUGAAACAAAGAUUUUUGCUUAGAAGAACAAAGCCAGAUUACAGUACAAGCCAUUCUGCAAGACUCACUGAAGAUGUCCUUGCUGACGACCGGGAUGACUAUGAUUACUUGAUGCAGACAUCCACGUACUAUUACUCAGUGAGAAUCUUUCCUGGACAAGAACCUGCUAAUGUCUGGGUGGGCUGGAUUACAUCAGAUUUCCAUCAGUAUGAUACAGGCUUUGACUUGGACAGAGUUCGUACAGUAACAGUUACCCUAGGAGAUGAAAAAGGAAAAGUGCAUGAAAGCAUCAAACGCAGCAACUGCUAUAUGGUAUGUGCUGGUGAGAGCAUGAGCCCUGGGCAAGGACGCAACAAUAAUGGACUGGAGAUCGGCUGUGUGGUGGAUGCUGCCAGCGGGUUGCUCACGUUUAUUGCCAAUGGCAAGGAACUGAGCACAUACUAUCAGGUGGAGCCAAGUACAAAAUUAUUUCCUGCGGUAUUUGCACAAGCUACAAGUCCCAAUGUUUUCCAGUUUGAGUUGGGAAGAAUAAAGAAUGUGAUGCCUCUCUCGGCGGGAUUAUUCAAGAGUGAGCACAAAAACCCUGUGCCACAGUGUCCCCCGCGCCUCCACGUGCAGUUCCUGUCACAUGUCCUAUGGAGCAGAAUGCCCAACCAGUUUUUGAAGGUCGAUGUCUCUCGAAUAAGUGAACGCCAAGGCUGGCUGGUGCAGUGUUUGGAUCCUCUGCAGUUCAUGUCUCUUCAUAUCCCUGAGGAAAACAGAUCUGUUGACAUCUUAGAGUUGACAGAGCAGGAGGAAUUGCUGAAAUUUCACUAUCACACUCUCCGCCUCUACUCGGCCGUCUGUGCUCUUGGGAACCACCGGGUAGCCCAUGCCCUGUGCAGCCAUGUGGAUGAACCUCAGCUCCUCUAUGCCAUUGAGAACAAGUACAUGCCUGGUUUGCUGCGCACCGGCUACUACGACCUGCUGAUUGACAUCCACCUGAGUUCCUAUGCCACUGCCAGACUCAUGAUGAACAAUGAGUUCAUUGUACCCAUGACAGAGGAGACAAAGAGCAUCACCCUUUUCCCUGAUGAGAACAAGAAGCAUGGCCUCCCGGGGAUUGGCCUCAGCACUUCCCUCAGGCCACGGAUGCAGUUUUCCUCCCCCAGUUUUGUGAGCAUUAGUAAUGAGUGCUACCAGUACAGUCCAGAGUUCCCACUGGACAUCCUCAAGGCCAAAACUAUACAGAUGCUGACAGAAGCUGUGAAAGAAGGCAGUCUUCAUGCCCGGGACCCAGUUGGGGGGACCACUGAAUUCCUCUUCGUACCUCUCAUCAAACUUUUCUAUACCCUGCUGAUCAUGGGCAUCUUUCACAAUGAGGACUUGAAGCACAUCUUGCAGUUGAUUGAGCCCAGUGUAUUUAAAGAAGCUGCCACUCCGGAGGAGGAGAGUGACCCUCUGGAGAAAGAGCUUAGUGUGGAAGACCCGAAGCUGGAAGGAGCUGUUGAGGAAGAAGCCAAAGGGGGUCAAAGGCCCAAGGAAGGCCUGCUCCAAAUGAAACUGCCAGAGCCAGUUAAACUGCAGAUGUGCCUGCUGCUUCAAUACCUCUGUGACUGCCAGGUCCGGCACCGGAUAGAAGCCAUUGUAGCCUUUUCAGAUGACUUUGUCGCUAAGCUCCAAGACAAUCAACGCUUCCGAUAUAAUGAAGUCAUGCAAGCCUUAAACAUGUCAGCGGCACUCACAGCCAGGAAAACAAAGGAAUUUAGAUCACCACCUCAAGAACAGAUUAAUAUGCUUCUCAAUUUUAAGGAUAACAAAAGUGAAUGUCCAUGUCCUGAAGAAAUACGUGACCAACUAUUGGAUUUCCAUGAAGAUUUGAUGACACACUGUGGAAUUGAGCUGGAUGAAGAUGGGUCUCUGGAUGGAAAUAGUGAUUUAACAAUUAGAGGACGCCUACUGUCCCUGGUAGAAAAGGUGACAUACCUGAAGAAGAAACAAGCAGAAAAACAAGUUGAGAGUGACUCCAAGAAGUCCUCCACUCUGCAGCAGUUGAUUUCAGAGACUAUGGUUCGAUGGGCUCAAGAGUCUGUCAUUGAAGACCCUGAGUUGGUGAGAGCCAUGUUUGUGUUGCUCCAUCGGCAGUACGAUGGUAUUGGGGGUCUGGUCCGGGCUCUGCCAAAGACCUACACUAUAAACGGUGUCUCCGUGGAGGAUACCAUAAAUCUGCUGGCAUCUCUUGGUCAGAUUCGUUCUCUGCUGAGUGUGAGAAUGGGCAAAGAAGAAGAGAAGCUUAUGAUUCGCGGAUUAGGGGAUAUCAUGAAUAAUAAGGUGUUUUACCAGCACCCUAAUCUCAUGAGGGCACUGGGCAUGCAUGAGACUGUGAUGGAGGUGAUGGUGAACGUCCUGGGCGGUGGAGAGUCCAAGGAAAUCACUUUUCCCAAGAUGGUGGCCAACUGUUGCCGUUUUCUCUGUUACUUCUGUCGAAUAAGUAGGCAGAAUCAAAAAGCUAUGUUUGAUCAUCUCAGUUAUUUACUGGAAAACAGCAGUGUUGGUCUUGCCUCACCAGCUAUGAGAGGUUCAACACCCCUGGAUGUGGCAGCAGCCUCAGUGAUGGAUAAUAAUGAACUAGCCUUAGCUUUGCGUGAGCCAGAUCUGGAAAAGGUGGUUCGUUAUUUGGCUGGUUGUGGACUGCAAAGUUGCCAGAUGCUGGUGUCCAAGGGUUAUCCAGACAUUGGGUGGAAUCCAGUUGAAGGAGAAAGAUAUCUUGACUUUCUCAGAUUUGCAGUCUUCUGUAAUGGGGAGAGCGUGGAAGAAAAUGCAAAUGUUGUUGUGAGAUUGCUCAUUCGGAGGCCUGAGUGUUUUGGUCCUGCUUUGAGAGGGGAAGGUGGGAAUGGCCUUCUAGCAGCCAUGGAAGAAGCCAUCAAAAUAGCCGAGGAUCCUUCCCGAGAUGGUCCCUCCCCUAAUAGCGGAUCCAGUAAAACACUUGACACAGAAGAGGAGGAAGAUGACACUAUCCACCUGGGGAAUGCGAUCAUGACCUUUUAUGCAGCUUUGAUUGACCUCCUGGGACGCUGUGCUCCUGAGAUGCAUUUGAUUCAUGCUGGUAAGGGAGAAGCCAUCAGAAUCAGGUCUAUUUUGAGAUCUCUGAUUCCAUUGGGAGAUUUGGUGGGAGUAAUUAGCAUCGCUUUUCAGAUGCCAACCAUAGCCAAAGAUGGGAAUGUGGUGGAACCUGACAUGUCUGCAGGGUUUUGCCCAGAUCACAAGGCAGCCAUGGUUUUAUUCCUUGACAGGGUCUAUGGAAUUGAGGUUCAAGAGUUCCUCCUUCAUCUUCUUGAAGUUGGCUUUCUGCCAGAUCUCCGGGCUGCUGCUUCUUUAGAUACGGCUGCUUUGAGUGCUACAGACAUGGCCUUGGCCCUCAACCGGUACCUUUGUACAGCCGUGUUACCUUUGUUAACAAGAUGUGCUCCUCUGUUUGCUGGCACAGAGCACCAUGCUUCCCUCAUUGAUUCACUACUUCAUACUGUAUAUAGGCUUUCUAAGGGCUGCUCACUUACCAAAGCUCAACGGGAUUCCAUAGAAGUUUGUUUACUCUCUAUUUGUGGCCAAUUGAGACCUUCUAUGAUGCAGCACUUACUCAGAAGAUUAGUAUUUGAUGUUCCAUUAUUAAAUGAGCAUGCAAAGAUGCCUCUUAAGCUGCUGACAAAUCAUUAUGAAAGAUGCUGGAAAUACUAUUGCCUGCCUGGAGGGUGGGGGAACUUUGGUGCUGCCUCCGAAGAAGAACUUCAUUUAUCCAGAAAGUUGUUCUGGGGCAUUUUUGAUGCCCUGUCUCAAAAGAAAUAUGAACAAGAACUUUUCAAACUGGCACUGCCUUGCCUGAGUGCAGUUGCAGGAGCUUUGCCUCCAGACUACAUGGAGUCAAAUUAUGUCAGUAUGAUGGAAAAACAGUCAUCAAUGGAUUCUGAAGGGAACUUUAACCCACAACCUGUUGAUACCUCAAAUAUUACAAUUCCUGAGAAGUUGGAAUACUUCAUUAACAAAUAUGCAGAACAUUCGCAUGACAAAUGGUCAAUGGAUAAGUUGGCAAAUGGAUGGAUUUAUGGAGAAAUAUAUUCUGACUCUUCUAAGGUUCAACCAUUAAUGAAGCCAUAUAAAUUAUUAUCUGAAAAGGAAAAAGAAAUUUAUCGCUGGCCAAUCAAAGAAUCUUUAAAAACUAUGCUGGCUUGGGGUUGGAGAAUUGAAAGAACCCGGGAGGGAGACAGCAUGGCUCUUUAUAACCGGACUCGUCGUAUUUCUCAGACAAGCCAGGUUUCUGUAGAUACUGCCCAUGGUUAUAGCCCGCGGGCCAUUGACAUGAGCAAUGUUACGCUCUCCAGAGACCUGCACGCUAUGGCAGAAAUGAUGGCUGAAAAUUACCAUAAUAUAUGGGCAAAGAAAAAGAAAAUGGAGUUGGAGUCCAAAGGUGGUGGAAACCAUCCUCUGCUGGUCCCCUAUGAUACACUGACAGCCAAAGAGAAAGCCAAGGAUAGGGAAAAGGCACAGGACAUCCUCAAGUUCUUGCAGAUCAAUGGAUAUGCUGUAUCCAGGGGUUUUAAGGACCUGGAAUUGGACACACCUUCUAUUGAGAAGCGAUUUGCCUAUAGUUUCCUUCAACAACUCAUUCGCUAUGUGGAUGAAGCCCAUCAGUAUAUCCUGGAAUUUGAUGGUGGCAGCAGAGGCAAAGGAGAACAUUUCCCUUAUGAACAAGAAAUCAAGUUCUUUGCAAAAGUCGUUCUCCCUCUAAUUGAUCAGUAUUUCAAAAACCACCGUUUAUACUUCUUAUCGGCAGCAAGUAGACCUCUCUGCUCUGGAGGACACGCAUCAAACAAAGAGAAAGAAAUGGUGACUAGCCUAUUCUGCAAACUUGGAGUUCUUGUCAGGCAUAGGAUUUCACUAUUUGGAAAUGAUGCAACAUCAAUUGUCAACUGUCUUCAUAUUUUGGGUCAGACUUUGGAUGCAAGGACAGUGAUGAAGACUGGCCUGGAGAGUGUUAAAAGUGCACUCAGAGCUUUUCUGGACAAUGCUGCCGAGGAUCUGGAAAAGACCAUGGAAAAUCUUAAGCAGGGCCAGUUCACCCACACCCGGAACCAACCCAAAGGGGUGACUCAGAUUAUCAAUUACACCACAGUGGCCCUGUUGCCAAUGCUGUCGUCAUUAUUUGAACAUAUUGGCCAGCAUCAGUUUGGAGAAGACCUAAUAUUGGAAGAUGUCCAGGUGUCUUGUUAUAGAAUUCUGACGAGCUUAUAUGCUCUGGGAACCAGCAAGAGUAUUUAUGUGGAGAGGCAACGUUCUGCGUUAGGAGAAUGUCUAGCUGCCUUUGCUGGUGCCUUUCCUGUGGCAUUUUUGGAAACUCAUCUGGACAAACACAAUAUUUACUCUAUCUACAAUACUAAGUCUUCAAGAGAGAGAGCAGCUCUCAGUUUGCCAACUAAUGUGGAAGAUGUUUGUCCAAAUAUACCAUCUUUGGAGAAACUCAUGGAAGAAAUCGUGGAAUUAGCUGAGUCCGGCAUUCGCUACACUCAGAUGCCACAUGUCAUGGAAGUCAUACUGCCCAUGCUUUGUAGCUAUAUGUCUCGUUGGUGGGAGCAUGGGCCUGAGAACAAUCCGGAAAGAGCUGAAAUGUGCUGUACAGCUCUGAACUCAGAGCACAUGAACACACUUCUAGGGAACAUACUGAAAAUCAUAUACAAUAACUUGGGAAUUGACGAGGGAGCCUGGAUGAAGAGGUUAGCAGUAUUUUCCCAGCCUAUUAUAAAUAAAGUGAAACCUCAGCUCUUGAAAACUCAUUUCUUGCCAUUAAUGGAGAAACUCAAGAAAAAGGCAGCUAUGGUGGUGUCUGAGGAAGACCACCUGAAAGCCGAGGCCAGGGGGGAUAUGUCGGAGGCUGAACUUCUCAUCCUAGAUGAAUUCACUACGCUGGCCCGAGAUCUCUAUGCCUUCUACCCUCUCUUGAUUAGAUUUGUGGACUAUAACAGGGCAAAGUGGCUCAAGGAGCCUAACCCAGAAGCAGAGGAACUCUUCCGCAUGGUAGCUGAAGUAUUUAUUUACUGGUCAAAAUCCCACAAUUUCAAGAGAGAAGAGCAGAACUUCGUUGUACAGAAUGAAAUCAACAAUAUGUCUUUCCUUAUUACUGAUACCAAGUCAAAGAUGUCAAAGGCAGCUGUUUCUGAUCAAGAAAGAAAGAAAAUGAAGCGCAAAGGGGAUCGGUAUUCUAUGCAGACCUCUCUUAUUGUAGCAGCUCUGAAGCGGUUACUGCCCAUCGGGUUGAACAUCUGUGCCCCUGGGGAUCAGGAGCUCAUUGCUCUGGCCAAAAAUCGAUUUAGUUUGAAAGAUACUGAGGAUGAAGUACGAGAUAUAAUCCGCAGUAAUAUUCAUUUACAAGGCAAG